GCGCCGGGCGGCAGAAACAGGAAGUGGAACCAAAACAAAGGAGCGUCUACCGGGUGCGGGCCUCCUUUCUGCAUCUCUUCAGCGGACAUCUGGGCUUUGGCAGCCGACUCCGAGGAACCCUCCGACUAUGUCCAACAUGGAGAAACACCUCUUCAACCUAAAGUUCGCGGCCAAAGAACUGAGCAGGAGUGCCAAAAAAUGCGACAAGGAGGAAAAGGCCGAAAAGGCCAAAAUUAAAAAGGCCAUUCAGAAGGGCAACAUGGAAGUUGCGAAGAUACACGCCGAAAAUGCCAUUCGCCAGAAGAACCAGGCGGUGAAUUUCCUGAGAAUGAGUGCGCGGGUCGAUGCGGUAGCUGCUAGAGUCCAGACGGCGGUGACGAUGGGCAAGGUGACCAAGUCAAUGGCCGGGGUGGUUAAGUCGAUGGAUGCGACAUUGAAAACCAUGAAUCUGGAAAAGAUCUCUGCCUUGAUGGACAAAUUCGAGCACCAGUUUGAGACGCUGGACGUCCAAACGCAGCAAAUGGAAGACACGAUGAGCAACACCACGACGCUGACCACUCCCCAGAACCAGGUGGAUAUGCUGCUCCAGGAAAUGGCAGACGAGGCCGGCCUAGACCUCAACAUGGAGCUGCCGCAGGGGCAGACCGGCUCCGUGGGCACGAGCGUGGCCUCGGCGGAGCAGGAUGAACUAUCCCAGAGACUGGCCCGCCUGCGCGAUCAAGUGUGACGGCAGAGCCCACUCCGAGGUUUUUUGGCUGUAGCCACCUUCUAAAAUGCUUUCUGUGUAUUAGAGAGAUACUAUACACUAAAAACUUUGAACAUGCCAGAAUGCUGAAAUGCUCUUUAUUUAAAAUGCUUCUACCUUUGGGUUUACAGUGCUCUCAAAUACAUUAAGAAAUUCCAGGCUUUCUCCACCCUUAACUGGAUUUUAAAGUUCUGUAUAGUUUGUGAUGGUGUGUAUUUUUAUAGCUGCCUUUUAACAGGACUAGUUAAUUUGAUGUACAUGAAUGUUUCUCAAAUAUAUGAUCAAAACUCUAGUUUUCCACCCGAAUUAUCAAAAUGGAGGGUGUUUUUUUUUAACUUAGUGUAAUUGAUAUAUAGAAUUGAUAUGUGCAUAAAAAUUAAAGAGAGGAGAAUGAUUACUUUGAUUACAGGGCUAUCAACACCUCAUUCAACUUAAUUCAUGGACAGUGCUAUUUCAGUGUAUCCCUUUUUUGCCAUCAAAGUGAGACUACAGUUGACUAUUAAUCUGUCCUCAUAACUUACAUUAAAAUUACCUUAGGAUGUUCUUGCCUAAUGCCCUCUUACUGUUCUGUAAAUUUUUAUGUAGUAGUUGUUUUUUAUAACUAGAAAAAAAUGCCACUUCCAUUUAUUAGAUGGAAAAAUUGUUCGUUUAUGUUUUUAUUUACUAAAGAGUUUUUUAAAAGCCUUAACAAGGUUUAACAUGACAGUUUCUUUCAAAUGAUCUACUCUAAUACUUUUCUAGUUAUUUUCUAUUUCAUUACAUUACUUAGACUUCUUAUAAAGUAUGUUAAUUAGCAUAGCAGUUAUAUUACUCUAACAUUGCCAAAGAACUGUUGAUUGGUUUGAGAAAACCCUGGGACUGUAUUUGUAGGUUUUAUUUUGAUUUUAACAACCAAAAACAGAAAAUUAGAACAGCAUUUUAAGUUCUAAUUAUUUGUAUUUAUUAUUUGUUCUUAAAACAAAAACCUUGGAAAUAUAAGUUGGAAUGUUUUUCUUAGCCAUGCUAGUAAUGAAUAUACAUGCAACAGGUUGGAAGUCUGGGAAGACGGAAAGGUGCAGGAUUGAACAGCAGGCUUGCUUCUCUAAAGCUAGAGCCCAGCUGUGUUGCCUUCCAUCUUUAUGGAAUGGCAGAGUGCAUUUUCUGGCUGAAAGGGAAAGCCGGUAGCCGCCACCCACCACUUUCUCAUAGCCUCAAAACAUGGAGAACAUUGGCUUUUUCCUUGGCAAGUAUGUUAAUCUAAGUUAAAUACUUAAGGAUAUUUUAAAUCCUCCCUUCACUGGAAGAUGUCUCCAUCGAGAAUUCCAGUAUUUCAGAAAAUAAUUGUAGGGACUCUUCCAGGACCUUUGAAAGAGUCAUUACCAAGUAUUUACCAUUAUAACAUUUUCCAGUGUGAAUGAAUGUGUUUAAGGGG